AUGAAUUUUUUUUCACCCUCCGGUUUCUUGGUUUAUCCUUAAUGAUUGACCCCCGAAUGAUCUAAUUGUUCUUUCGAUUCUCACCCCGUGGUCUCCGAAAAGACCGGAGACCGAUCAUCCCGUUUCCGCCUACCUUAUCCAUCCACAGCACUGGUAGGUACAGUUCUACCUACCUAUUCGAGAAAAUGAAGUUCCUCUGCCUUCAUGGCAACGGGACAAACAGCAAUGUUAUGAAGCUGCAGACCGCCCCUUUGAGGCAUGAAUUGGAAGAUGGGCAUGAAUACGAGUUCGUCGAGGCUGCCAUUGAGGCGCCCAUGUCUGAAGGAGUCGAGACGUUGGCCUCGCCUGAUGCCAAGUUCUACGCCUUCUACGACCCAAACGACCUGGCCACGGUUCCCCGUGCCAUCAGCCAAUUAGACGAAUAUGUGGCGGCCGAAGGACCGUUCGACGCCCUAAUGGGAUUCUCCGCCGGGGCGGUCCUUGCCGCCAUGUACCUAGUCCAGAAACAGCGCCAAGCACACAAAGGUGAAGGCGAUGGCGGGCCGGUCAGCACUCAGAAACCCCCCUUCCGAUGCGCCGUGUUUCUGUCCAGCGCGUCCAGUAGUGCCGAGUUUGCGCACCUGGGUAUCGACAUUACCGCGUUCGAAGAUGGCACCACCACCACCACCACCACCACCACCACCACCACCAGCGACCCCCUGAUCAAGAUCCCAACGGCGCACAUCUGGGGUUCGGCGGACGCCACCGCCCCCACGGGCGGAUUGGACCUGAGCCGUCUCUGCGACCCUGCUACGCGUCUGACGCUCAUUCAUGAUGGAGGGCACGAAGUCCCUCGGAAGAACUUAUUGACCGAAUCAGUCCAUAUCAUUCGGAGAACUAUCUUUCUCGCCGAGCAGCAGUAAUUAGCUUACUGAUGAUUAUGGGAUAUAAGGGGUCAGUCAGGGCGGAGGGAUGUUACCGUUUUGAACAUACAACGUAGGUAGUCGAGCGAAGUAAGGAGUACAGAUACCUUAGGUACGGAGUUUCGCUAUCUUGCAAAAGAUAAGGUAGUUCAGCCACGCUGUCUUGAAAAGUUGAAGCCAAACACGAGUCCACGACUACCUAGUCAAUACACGUAUCUCUGUGUCACUUGGCGUUGAGCUCAUUUUGAUAACAAGCAAGCCGUCAGGGUCAGUUUACGUUGCGGAUGC